UUCAAUUCUCCAUAUCCCAACUUUUCAAUCCUACAAUCAACGCCUCUGAAAAGGCCAAUCUCGCCAACCAUGACUACAAACGUCGUUCUAGAAACCUCAAUGGGCUCCAUCACCCUCGAGCUCUACACAUCCCACGCCCCCAAAACCUGCAAGAACUUCGCCACCCUCGUCUCCCGCGGCUACUACGCAUCCACAAUCUUCCACCGCGUCAUCCCCGACUUCAUGGUCCAGGGCGGCGACCCCACCGGCACCGGCCGCGGCGGCUCCUCCAUCUACGGCGACAAGUUCGAGGACGAGAUCGACCCGGCCCUCAAACACUCCGGCGCGGGCAUCCUCAGCAUGGCAAACGCCGGCCCGAACACGAACGGAUCGCAGUUCUUCAUUACGCUUGCGCCGACGCCUUGGCUUGAUGGGAAGCACACUAUUUUUGGGAGGGUCAAGAGCGGGCUUGGGGUGGUGAAGAGGAUGGGCAUGGUGCCGACGGGGCCGGAGGAUAGGCCGGUUGAGGAGGUUAUGAUUUUCAAGGCGAGGGUGGUGGAGGAUGAGGAGGAGAUUUGAUUUUGUCAAGCUUUGAGGGGACUUUUGUUGAAUGUUUGGUCAAGUUGGAAGUGACAUUGUGAAAAGGAAACACGGAUACAAUAAUGUGGACGCAUUUGACGCGCCUUUUACAUAUUCCAGGUGUAUUCAAGCGCCUUUGUAUAUAGCUUGUGGAUUGGCAUAGACGGCACGGCAUGGCGUUUCGUUAUUCUUACUAUUAUAAUAUUGGGAGAUUUAUUCGCCCUUUUUUGUCAACCACGCGUCAAGAGCAAAACAGGAUGAUAAUGGCGUAAUAUGAAGAACAUUUCAC